UUCAGCAAAAGUUGCAGCAUUCGGGUAUAAAAAUACAGAACUUGUGUUAACCUGCGAAUGUUAUAACAAAAAAGCACAAUGAUGGCUCACAUCCAAAUUUUGGCGAUCGUGCUGUGCUCUUGCUUCAUACAGGAUGCGUUUCCACUACUGGAUAAACAAACACAGCAGCAGCCGGCAGGCGCUGAUCGCCAGACGGUGAGGCGGGUCAAGACGGUGAAGCGGGUGAAUCAGGUGUCCUCAAAAGAUAUUGAGGCUCCAGCACCGCCUCCGGAAACACCCUCCAAGUAUCCGAACUUGACCGCCGUCAAGGACAUGUUCUGGAACACGUUUGAGGACAUCAACCGGGAAAGCGAGUACGGCCAGCUGGGUGUAAGGUCAGUGAGGAACACGCUGAGUAACGUGCUCAGCAACGGACUGUUCUGGUCGUCAUUUGAGGGGGCGCUCAAGAGGCGGGUCAAGGUGACCAAUGAUGCUCAGCGAGCUGACCGCAAGAUCCGGCUGUGCAACAAUAUCACCGGCCUCGUCACCGACCCGAAUGCCUCGCAGGGUUUCCAGGAAAUAGCCAAUGAGGUGUAUACCUCGGUUGUCCGCAUGCAAUCUGAGGUGGGCACUGACGCCCUGCGGCUGGUCACCGAAAUGGUCAACGGCGGCGAGGUGACCAGAGGUCUGGACGCGAUCUCUGACAUCGUGUCCAAGAUCAAGCUCAACCCUAGGAUGUUGGUCAAGGGAUUCGCCAUGCUCCGCAAAACGCUCAACCUGGGCGGCGCGAUGAACAUGAGCGGUGGUCUGGCCAAGGGCCUCAUGUCGAUAACGUCCAAGUUCAACAAGUAGAGCGACGCCAUGUUAUUGUUACCUACAACAUAUGUCAUAAAUUAUAGUCAUCGCGUCAACGCUGUAUAAUAAUAAUAUCGUUUGUGCGCAUGUGUAUACCUACUGUAUUACCUAUAUUUGAGCAUUAGUGACAAAGGCUAUAUAUAAAGCAUAAUAUUAUAAUAAUUAAUUAUAUUGUAUAUAGGUAGGAUAGGUAUACAUCCGAGCAGCGACGUUCAUAAUAUGAUACACCUAAUAUAAUAUUUUAUGUUACCUGUUAAGUUAACGUGUUAUUGUUACUUACUCCCGUUUAUUAUUGCAAUCAUAUAAGAUAUAAAAUAGGUACCUAUACAACCAUAAUAAUGGAAUAUAAUAUUAUUGACAUUACAU